AUGUCGUCGUCCACCGCCGCGGAGGCGACCGCGCUCCCGCCUCCCGGGAAGGACCUCGCCUCGGACGCGCGCGUCGUCUCCGAGCUCAAGUCCCUCCCCUCCGAGACCUCGCGCGCGCCGUGGAGGAAGCUCUCGAUGCGCGAGGUGUCGUCGCAUCGCACGCUGCGCGACGGGUGGAUAGCGGUGAACGGACGCGUCUACGACAUCUCGGCGUUCGCGACGACGCACCCGGGGUUCAACAACGCGGGGCAGGUGAGCACCGCGCUCGCGAUCGCGCGGAUGCUCGGGAAGGACGCGACCGCGGAGUUCGAGGAGAUUCACUCGGACAAGGCGUGGAGGCAGCUGAGAGACUUCCAAGUCGGCGUCCUCGCGCGCGACGACGAGGAGGACGACGAGGAGGACGCGAGGAGGGACGCGUCGGCGACGCGCACUCCGGCGCCGCCGGUGCCGUCGUGGCUCGCCGCGGAUCGCGACUUCUGGAUCGCUUACGCGAACGGGGUGUCGGCGGACGUUCUGCGGUACCUCACCGCGAGCGGGUAUCCGCAACGCGACGACGACGACGACGACGACGACGACGACGACGCGGCGGCGGCGGCGGCGGCGGCGAAAGACGACAAACCGAAAUCGUCGCCGUCCUCGUGGACGGACCGACGCCGCCGCCGGUCGUUCCGCGGCGCCGCGGCGCUCGCCGCCGUCCUCGCCCUUCGCGCGUGCGUGCGAACGCGGACGGCGCGCGGACGGGAUCACGCGCGACGCGCGACGCGGCGGCGGAGCAUCUCCGUCUCGUAG